GCCGCUGCCGCCGCCGGGAUUUAGCCGGUGCCUCCUGGAUGCUUUCGUCUCCCGUUGCCACUUCGGGCGGGCAUGUGCGCGGGGGAGACGGGCCGCCCCCAGCGGACCCCCCCAGCGCCCUGACUCCCCGCCCCGAAGAUGCCUUUCCACCCGGUGACGGCGGCUUUGAUGUACCGGGGGAUCUACACCAUCCCCAACAUCCUCGCCGAGCAGCACCCCGUGGAGAUCCCCGAGGACGAGCUGGAGGAGAUCCGUGAAGCCUUCAAGGUGUUCGACCGGGAUGGCAAUGGCUUCAUCUCCAAGCAGGAGCUGGGCACGGCCAUGCGCUCCCUGGGCUACAUGCCCAACGAGGUGGAGCUGGAAGUCAUCAUCCAGCGCCUCGACAUGGACGGCGAUGGGCAAGUGGACUUUGAGGAGUUUGUGACGUUACUGGGGCCCAAGUUGUCCACCUCGGGCAUCCCGGAGAAGUUCCACGGCACGGACUUCGACACCGUCUUCUGGAAGUGCGACAUGCAGAAGCUGACGGUGGACGAGCUGAAGCGGCUGCUGUACGACACCUUCUGCGAGCACCUCUCCAUGAAGGACAUCGAGAACAUCAUCAUGACGGAGGAGGAGAGCCACAUGGGCACGGCCGAGGAAUGCCCCGUCGACGUAGAGACCUGCUCUAGCCAGCAGAUCCGGCAGACCUGCGUGCGGAAGAGCCUCAUCUGCGCCUUCGCCAUCGCCUUCAUCAUCAGCGUGAUGCUCAUCGCCGCCAACCAGGUGCUGCGUAGCGGCAUGAAGUAGCGGGACCACCCCGAGCGCCUGCCGCCGGCCACCGACGGGGAGCCACACGUAUAGCGAGGAGUAGAGACAUAGAUAUAUAUAUAUAUAUAUCUCUCCAUAUUCAAAUCAGACACGCAAAACCCCCCCCCGGGAGGGGGGCAAACCUGAGGAGGGGGAAGACCCGUGCCAGGUCCCCGCUGUCCCGGUGCGAUGCGUUCGCAUGGCUGUUUGCAGAACAUGGAAACUUUGAUAAAGACACACAAACAACACACACAAACCUUUUCCCCCCCCUCGCCAGAAACAAAAAACAAACCGUAAGUGCAUGUAAUGUGCAUGGAGCCCCGUGUGCUGCCCCCACCCCGCGCCGGGGGCGGAUUGCCCCCCCCGGGCGUAGGAUCCCGUCGGAUGCACCGAUACUAGCGUCUAUAGCUCUAUAUUUAUGAUAAAAACCAAAUCAUCCCCUAAGCAAUACACGCGCCUGAGAUGGUUUCUAGAGGUGGGAGCGUUUGCAUGGACUCGGCUGCCAAGGGCUGGAUUUCACACACCCCCCCUCCCCGCCCCGGCCCCGUGCCGUGCCUCAGUUUCCCCACCUGCCAGAUGGGGGGGACGAUGCCGACCUCCUGCUUGAUGCACUUUGAGCUGACCCCCACCCCGGGAAGAGCCGGAGACACCCCGAGGCUGGGGAGCCCAUGCCGGCUGGGGCCACCCACCCUGCACACCCCCCGAACCCCCCCAGCCUGUAUGUAGCACCCACCUGGGCACCAGACUGGUUCGGAUUUGGGGCCGUUUCUCAUUCUUUGGAGUUGUUUUUGGGUUUGGUUUUUUUUUUUUUUUUUUUUUUUUUUUUUUUUUUUCUUCCUGGUUGGUUGUUUCCG